AGGGUUUUGUGUCAGAGAGAGGACUGCCAUCGUUAAAUAGUUUCCAUAGUUAUUCUGCAACUUGUCUCCGGUGCACCACAUAAUUAUGACACGUGGCGGGUUGUUGCAACCAGAACGCAUGCACUUUGGGUAGGCAGGCGCGUGGCCAACCUCUCGCGCGGCAGCUGACAGAGGGCGGUGGCUUCUGCCCUUGCCUCCCCUCUCAUGCUUCUCCUAGAGCUGUUCCUGUCUCUCCAGAUGCACAACCGGACUGUCGGAACGAAAAAGAAUACCAUCACCACGUGCCAUUCCUGGUCUGCGUGUCGUGUACAUUGCAGGGCCUCGACGCGGCAUUCGCUGCGGGUUCUCAUCCAUUGGUCGGCGUGUGCCCGAAAGGCACAGAUUCGCGCGAGUCCGUCCGAGUUUCUGACCAUUUUUCUUGCAGCCCUUCUGCGCCGUUCUGACCUAAACGAUCCCUGGCAGUCUCACUAGGUUUUGAUGCGACAUCGUUUCUGCGGUGGAGUGACAUCCCCUGUGUUGAGCUGGCCCUCCGACAGUUUCGCCUGUUUCCAGAUCGUGUCUUUUUGCGCGUGGGCCCGCUUACUCGUUUCCACCUUUUGACUCUCGCGUCGCGUUUCAAGUGCUGAUCCCUACCGUUAUCCCAUUUCAAUUUUUCGUGUUCCAGCAAUGGCGCUCAGUGCGCUGCGCAAGCGCGUAGCUUACUUCUAUGACCCGGAUAUCGGAAGUUACUACUAUGGCCCGGGACAUCCUAUGAAACCUCAGCGAAUUCGCAUGGCUCAUGCCCUUGUGCUCUCGUACGACCUCUACAAACAUAUGGAAGUGUACAGACCACACAAAUCGAUCGAGCCGGAGCUGUGCCUGUUUCACUCCAGCGACUACAUCUCGUUUCUCUCCUCUGUCUCUCCCGAGAACUAUAAGGAAUUUUCUCUCCAGCUCAAGAACUUCAAUGUGGGCGAAGCAACCGACUGCCCCGUUUUUGACGGCCUCUUCACCUUCCAGCAAGCUUGUGCAGGGGCGUCAAUCGACGCGGCGAAGAAGCUGAAUCACCACCAAGCAGACAUUUGCGUGAACUGGUCUGGCGGGCUGCACCACGCGAAGCGUUCAGAGGCGUCGGGUUUCUGCUACAUCAACGACAUUGUGUUGGGGAUUCUGGAGUUGCUCAAGUACCACGCGCGCGUGAUGUACAUCGACAUCGACAUCCACCACGGCGACGGCGUCGAGGAGGCCUUCUACGUGUCGCACCGCGUGAUGACGGUUUCCUUCCACAAGUUCGGCGACUUCUUUCCGGGCACCGGCGACGUAACGGACGUGGGCGCGAGUCAGGGGAAGUACUACGCAGUGAACGUUCCGCUGAACGACGGCAUGGACGACGACUCUUUUGUGGCGCUCUUCAAACCGGUCAUCACCAAGUGCGUGGACGUGUAUCGGCCCGGCGCAAUCGUGCUUCAGUGCGGCGCAGACAGUUUGACGGGCGACCGGCUGGGGAAGUUCAACUUAACAAUCAAGGGGCACGCUGCAUGCGUCGCCUUCGUCAAAUCCUUGGACAUCCCGCUUCUCGUCCUCGGCGGCGGUGGGUACACGAUUCGGAACGUGGCGCGCUGCUGGGCGUACGAAACGGGUGUGGUGCUCGACCGCCACCGCGAGAUGUCGCCGCACGUGCCCCUGAAUGACUACUACGACUACUACGCGCCCGACUUCCAGCUCCAUCUCACACCGUCGUCGAUCCCGAACUCGAACUCGCCGGAGCACCUGGAGAAAAUCAAGACGCGCGUCCUCUCCAACCUCAGCUACCUCGAACACGCACCCGGCGUCCAGUUCGCCUACGUGCCUCCCGACUUCUUCGGCGAAGACAACGACGACGAAGACGAGUUCAUGCAGAACCAAGUCGAUAACGAGGGCGGCGGGCGAGCCGCCGGCGCGACAGCCCACACCGCCGCGAACGCGCCGUACAGAAUCCGCAGAAAGGACUACGCAAACGACUUCGAAGACAUGGCAGACAGAGACCAAAAGGUUCCGAUCUAGAGACACCGAGUGGAGCCCAAUACGCCCGACGCGCGGAAGCGGUGUUUCAAAGAAGGCAAGCCGCGCGAGAGAGGAGAGAGACUACGUGUGCUACUAUCGAGGACGGACACCAGGCGUUCAGAGGGACGGAAGGGGAAUGUGGACUUCGUUACAGAAGGCAAGAGCCGAGGAGACCUGUGAAAGGAGGAAAGAGCGCGGCUUGUCUCUAGACGGUAUGCAGACGUCGAGGAGAAGUCAAGUCAUUUUAUCGGCGCCUUUGGAGGGUGUAUCGUUCGAAUGUUUGAACAUAAGGAGGACGGAGGAGAUGAGUGGAUGGCACAUCUCUUGCACGCUGACGCACGGUGGCGUUCUGCCAGGACUUAUAUCUUUUUAUUUUGACUUUUCGCUUCAGACUCAAAGGGAGAAGCCGUCCGCCUGUGUAUGGUGGACGCUUCGGCCGAAGCGUUUUGGAGUUCGUGGAAAAGACAGGAACGCGAAA